AUGACCUCAUUUACGAAAGGUGUGAUUCCUUCAACUGAAAAGUUUGACGGUUCUUCUUUACGUGUCUUGAUAGUACACACCCGUUGGAAUUAUGAAAUUGUAGAAGCUUUAGUUCGUGGUGCAACUGAAACGAUGACUUCAGAAUAUAAUGUGAAAGCUGAAAAUAUUUCCAUUCAAUCAGUCUCUGGUUCUUACGAACUUCCUUUUGCUGCACAAAGCCUUAUUAAAGCUUCGAAAAUGGGUACUCAAUGGUUUAAUGUCGUUAUUUGUAUUGGAGUUUUAAUCAAAGGUUCAACAAUGCAUUUUGAAUAUAUCGCUGAAGCUGUAAGUCAAGGAAUAAUGAGGGUUAGUCUUGAUAGUGGAGUACCUGUUGUUUUUGGAGUUCUCACUUGUUUGAAUGAUGAACAAGCAUUGGAAAGAGCUGGUUUAGGAGAUAGAGAAUCUAAACAUAAUCAUGGAAUUGACUGGGGACGAUGUGCGGUUGAAAUGGGUGUUAAGAAUUGUAAAUGGAUGUCUGGAAUUAUUUAA